CUCGGUCACAUUCUGUCCAAUAAGCUUCCAAAUUUGCGGCCUUCUUUGAUCAGGCUGAGACUUGGGUACAAGCGCAUCCUACUGCCUUCUAUCUUCCCCCUUCUAUACCCUCAUCCCAUUCCAUCCUUCACCCCGAUUUCGCACAUCUGCCCAUUAACCAUUCUAGCCACCAUUUUGUCUCCUCACUAAGCAAAUUGAACAACGCUCAGCGGAUGCCAUGUCGACACCACAAUGCUUUCCAUACGACCCAGAUAUUGUCACGCCCUUCGGCUACCGACCGUCUAUCGUGGCGGGCGUCAUUUUCAUGGUCCUGUUUGCAGGCCUCUUUGCCGUCCAUGUCUGGCAAGCAUUCAAGUAUAAGAACCUCUGGCUAGGUCUUGCCUUCUCGCUUGGGGCUUUCGGAGAGUUCACGGGGUGGCUCGCCCGCACAGUAGCUUGGCGCUGUCCAUACUCUGUGCGACUGCUGGAGAUGCAGCUUGCUGCUCUGAUAAUGGCCCCCGCCUUCACGACAGCCGGUAUCUAUGGUGUUCUCGGUCUAUUGAUAUCCAUAGUUGGCCAAGAUAAAUCCCCUCUCACGCCCAGACAAUACCUGAUUAUUUUCAUGACGGUCGAUUUUUGGAGUCUUCUUCUUCAGGCUGUCGGUGGUGGUGUUGCUGGUGCUGCCUUCAGCGCACAUACCUCUUACUGGCCCGGUACAUAUACGAUGGUAGCAGGAAUAAUCUGGCAACUUGUCUCAACCUGCGUUUUUACUACAUUACUCGAGUACGUGAUCUAUCGUGCAGUAUACCAGAUCAUGCAAAAUCCAGCCCUGCGCAAAAUCACUUCUUCCCUAAUGAUUGCAUGCACGUGCAUGGUGGCGCGGGGAAUCUACCGCAGCAUGGAGCUGAUGAACGGGUGGGAAGGCUAUCUCUUUACGCACGAGAUUUACGCAAUAAUUCUGGAUGCCCUGGUCAUGUUUAUCGCUAGCUUGGCGUUGGCAGUCUGGAAUCCUGCUGUGUUGCUCAAGGAGGCUAGGAGGCAUCGCAGCACAGAACUUGUGCAGCUUCGUGGGGGCGAAAGCCAAGAUGCAAAGAAAGGGCAUCAUCAGUAUCAGCCAGUGCAUGAAGACCCUAAUUCUGGGUUAAUGGGGUAGAUCAUUUCACUUUCUCUCCGUCUUGGAUUUAGCGUUGGCCACCAAGCCUUGCCUUCGAAAUUCUAUUAGAUCUAUCAGUAACACCCGAAUCUGAGUAUGACUACAACUAUUAUAAUCCUCGUUUCUUGACACAAGGCUACGAUAGAGGGGUGAAGGAGCCUGCGGGUGGCGAGGCAGUACAACGUCACCAGGCAAGACACUAUACGGAUUAGAAUAUCG